AAAAAUGAUCAUCUCAAGCUCGGUCCACAUGACUCCCCGUUCCUUAUCCAGUGGCAGCGCCCAUCGUGUGGCUCAACAGAGGUUAUGAACAGCAACACCCGACACCGUACAAUCUCCUGUCAGAAGACAUGGCGACUGCUGCAGCGAAGUUGCUUCACUUCAGAUGCCAGCUGAUCCCGUCGAGACCAUUCUGUUCCUCCACCCCCCGAGUCACCACCGCCGCUGCUCUUCCUCUCUUCGGCUUCAGCUCAACAAAGCUCCAGAGGAGGGCGGUGGAAGCAGCCAUCUCGCCACUCCGAGCUUCGUCGAAGAACGACGGCAUCGUACAAGCCGAUGACGACGGAGUUUCCCUGGGGACGAUGAAGCUGCCUCCUGACACCGACGUCGCUCGAUUCGAGACCCUUCUCUUCCAGUGGGCAAACAGUUUGUGUCAAGGCGCCAAUCUACCACUUCCUGUUCCUCUCAAGGUGGACAAGGUGGCGGGUGGAGCCAGACUGGGUUUCAUUAAGGUCGAGGACGGGAAGACGGAGGUGUGCGCGUACAUCGACUGCCUGGUUGUUCCGGCCACCGACGGCUCCGGCCCCGUCUUCCGAGCCAUAAGGAACGGACCAAUGAAGGAUCAAGUGCCGCCGGGGGAGCCCCGAAUCAUGAGAAGCCUCCUUCAGGCCCUCCAGACAUCUGUGGAGAUCGCGAGGAUCUGAGAACCGGAACGCUUCACCUCGGAUUAAUCUUGUGGUCUGCCUUUUGCAUGAUGCCACAUCUGUUGCCUCUUUGUUCUUCGCUACAUGUAUCGAAAUCGAGCAUUACCAUAAAGCUCUCUUCCACAAAACCUUUAAAUCAAUCAACAAGGAUUAACAACUUCA